CCGGUGGUAAAACAAUUGUGUCAAGUUUUGUAGAUGGAUGGAUUUUGUAGCGGAAACUAAACAUUUACGAAUCAGAGACUAGUAUAUUCUGUAGUAUCUAAUAGUAUCUAAUUGUCUUUUAUCUGUCUAAUGCCUUCUAUAGCUUGUUCAACUAGCGCUCAACAAGUCAUGCGGUUAUUAUUUUGAAAACCUUGACCGGAUGUUAUAUCAGUGCUAACCGGUUGUUGAAACAACUCCAGCAUCGAAAUUACAUCGAGUAAACAAAGUAAACAGCGUCGUGUCCUAAAUGGGAAGAUAUAAAUGUGCCUACAAAUGCGAAAACUCCGAAAACGAUUCAGAUGUGAAGUUUUUCAAGUUUCCUCUGUACAAUCCCCGAAAGCUCAAGAAAUGGCUCAACAACAUGAAGUGGAAGGACUGGACCCCGUCUCGCUUCUCUGUCCUGUGCAUCGAUCAUUUUGAGGAGCAGUACAUCGACAGAACAGGCAAAUGUGUGAAACUUCGAGAAAAUGCUGUUCCCACCAUAUUCUCAUCCACCGACGACGCACAGAAAAGAAAGGCUUCCAUCAACCCAAAAAGCAAGAGAGACAAGCCAUCGAGUGUUAAACUCUCACAGAUGACUCCAGCUCAGGCUCCAGUGACCCCUCCUGCCACAGUGAAGCGAAGCAUCCAGAACAAAGAGCCCAGCCAGACUGAAGUGCCCGCUGGGGACAAAGACCCAAAGAAGGUUGACAAAUGGAGGAUUAUAGUAGAUGAAGGGCUGAUGAAGAUCGAGUCAUUUCCACAUUUCUUCCAUGGAGAUUACUGUGUACCACAGGAUAUUCAGUGGGCUCCGGAUGAUGACGUCAGUGCAGAAUGUGAAGAUCAUGAAAAUUUGAUUGAGGUGAAAGAGUCGUGGCAGUGGCUCGGGCUGGAUGUCAGAGGACCGCUGCCUCAAACACUGAACGGACACAAAUACGUUUUGACUGUGACAGACUACUACUCCAAGUGGGUGGAAGCUGUGCCUAUGCAGUCAUGCCUCCCGUCACAUGUGGCCAAACACAUCGUGGACAUAAUCGCCCACUUUGGAUACCCGUUCAGAAUCCUCUCUCGGCUGCCUCAUGACAUAGUCCACAAAAUCAACAGAGAACUAAAAGAUCAGCUGAAGGUCACAGUCGCUCUCGUUGUCCAUCAUCAGCAGACGGGCUCUGUGGAUUUGAUCACACAGCAGCUGAUUGACAGGAUGGUAAGUGAUCUAAUAGAGGAGCAUGCAGCUGACUGGGAUGUCUACCUGCCCGCUAAGGUUUUCAGUCUGUGUUUCAAAGAGCAUUCGAAGACUAAGGAAAGGCCCUUUUCAAUGCUCUGCUGUAAAGGACUGGAGCCGGUCCAAUCCCCAAGAGGAUUAAAUUAUGCUUAUUCCAAGAUCCGAGAGAGCGCUUUUGUGGUUAGAUAGAGAUUCAAAGUUCAUUUGGCAAAUUGAUGGCCAUGGAAAACUGCUGGAGUUGUGCUGUAUUUCAUGGUCACAGUGUGAAUGAAUUGAACCACGAGGAGAACUUUGUUAACUGGACAAAUAUGACAGAUACACCAGAUUUUUACAGUACCCUCCACUCUACCAAGGACUUGAUGUCAAUUUCAAACUGUUCAGUCCAAACUCUGCUUUUACUUUUGCCCACUUUACUUUUUUGUCCAUCAGUUCAGGGGACCUUUUUCGUUCUUGUAUCAGAUAAUUGGAUGUAAUAUUUUGUUUUGGAUAUUAAUGUUGCACUACAAUGAAUUGUCUUAUGUUAAAAGAAAAUGUAGCAGAUUGUGGUCGAGCGUGCUGUUUAUUACCAGAGGGGAAGUCAAGGUGAUGACAAAUCAAAUAGGAUUUAUUUGUAUUUUGUAAGUUGGGCUUCUGUUCGUCCCAAAGUGGCCACUGUAGUCCGAACAGUCCAAGCAUUUGAGUUGGCAAAUUAAAGGCUGUGCCUGACUGUUUGUUGUUAUUAUGUCCAUAAUAUGUCAGUAAACCUACUUUAAAUAUAAUAUAAUAAUUAGACUUUAAAAUCCAAAGCACCAUGACUUCUUUUCUUCUUCUGUUAUUGUACAAAAAAAAAACACACUCACUCAUUUGAAAUCUUUUAUACAGAAUGUUUAAAAUACAUGUCCAACAACAUGAGAAUGUGGUAAGGGUCUAGUUUUCCACAAUGUGUCUCCUAAAUGCACAGUUUUGGUAACAAAUAAAACUAUUUUUUCUCAUAAA